AUGAAUGGUCGAAAUGGGAAACCGCCUGAUAAAGGCAAACCAAACACAACUCCACAUCAAGGCGUUGAAUCCAUUUUGAAUGGAACCGAAAUAAAACAAGAGCCGACAGUCAAGCUAGAGCCCGGGUAUGCAGUUGACAUGGUCACAGUAUUGUCAUUGGAACGUGCUGCAAGUGGGUCAUCAAUCAAUUCGAUUAGCAGCGACCAAACGAGUUGCACAUAUGAUUUCAUCGAUGUUUAUGAUUCAGCUGAUGUUAAGUCGGAGGUGAAGAAGGAGGUUGACAAAGAUUCGGUUGAAGAUCGUGAAAAAGAUAAAGUUGGAUCAUCAUCGCAAAAUGAUGCACAGGACUCGCGACCAAACCGAAAGCAAUUGAAACCAAAACGUGGACCACAUGGCGCCAAGAAAGCCAAGAAGAGUGUUGCUGCAGCAAUAAAUAAGCCCAAAGCAGACAUUGGCAGCAACAAGAAAAAGUCGAUUACACCGAUGAAAACGGCCAAACAACACAAUUGCUCAUCAUGUGACUACACCACUUCACGUAAAGAUGAUUUAGGGAAGCACAUGUACACGUACAGGCACACAGGUGAAAAGCCUUUCCCAUGCACUCAUUGUACGAAACGAUUCCCACGAAAAGACUAUCUUCAAUCGCACAUGCGAACGCACGUCAGCGAAUUUUUGUUCAGUUGCUCGAAUUGUUUGAAAGGAUUUGCUCAAGAAGCUGCGAAAUCGGAACACGAAAUCAAUUGCAUGGUUCGACGCUUUGAAUGUCACUUGUGCAAAGAAUACUCCACUUUGGUUAAGUCAGAUUUGGUCUUUCAUAUGCGUGCGCACCAUACUGGCGAGAGACCUUUCCGAUGUGACCAAUGUUCAAAGAAAUUCAGCACAGCAGGUGACCUUAAUCGUCAUAUAAAAUCUCACAACAUUUCUCGUCCAUUGAAGUUCAAGUGCUCUGUUUGCUAUCGAAACUUCCCUCAACAAAAGGAAAAGGAUGAACAUGAGGCGAAGUGCAAGCGGCGUGGUUAUGAAUGUUACGCUUGCAAGGAAUACAUAACCCAUAGGUCGGAUAGUUUGAAGGCUCAUAUGCGAAUUCACAGCGAUGAAAAAUCGUUUCUAUGCAAAAUUUGCCAUAAAUCAUUUCCACAAACAUCAAGUCUGGUAAGACAUUUGCGACGCAUACACAAGUAA